AUGGGCUGGGGAGGAUCUCCCCGGCCUGAUCCCGAGUUCUUUCCCUCCGGCCGGGGCCGACCCAGCCUGGCGGGGUUCCCGGCCCGGAAUGACGCCGGAGGGCCUGAGCGCGCCCCGCGAAGCCGCAGUCACUACCACUCCUCCAGGAACGCGGCUGCAGACCCUUUUGAGGCAUCGAGGCCUUCGACGGAGAGCAGCUCCUUCUUCCCUUCGGAGGGCCGCCCCCGGCCUUCCAGCACCCAGACAGAAGGUGGACAGUCCGUGGUUGCCAAGUACAUGGCACGGUUCCGCCAGGCCCAGCCCACCAGUCGCCUGGAGCGCCAGCUUUCUGGGCCCGGACCCGCUGGCUUCUGGUGGCUGCAGCCUGCAGCCUCCUUGGUGGCCCCCAGCCCCCACCGCCACCUCUCUUCAGGCUCCCUUCUCCCCGCCGAAGCCGAGCUCAGGGUGGGCACUGGGUCCCCAGAAGCGGCGGAAGUGGAAGCGGAGAUCUCGGUGCUGGGGACCCCAGAGUCCCAGGACCAGGCCCUGUCUUCGUUGGACCUCGACACACUGAGCCUGCAGCACCGAGCGGACCAGCUGCUCUUCAGAAGCGGUGUUUCUGGUGGCAAUUCCAGCAGCAGCAGUGCUUCCGUGAGCUGGGAGGGACUCAUCUCUCCAAUCACACCAGCCCCCUCCAUUCCUAGCCCCUGCCGGCCCGAGCCAGCCCCGCCCCGGACCACCACAGUCCCACCCGAGAAUGACAUCCUGUUCCAGUGGCGCCUGCGCCGGAGGAUGGAGCAGGCUCAUGGCCAGGCGGCAGCAGAGGUGACGGCAGUGACCCCUGGUCAACGCAGCUCUUGCCAACUGUGCCCUCUCCCCUCGGCCCCUCCUCCCCACUCCUUCUCCCUCGCCCUGUCUUCCCCAAAGCACCCAGCUUCCCACCCAGGGACUGCAGUCACCUUCUCUGGUGCGGUGCACCCUCUCUGCUCCAGUGCCCCGACCCUAGCUCAGGGGGCAGAUGUAGCUUCCAGGAGGGGCCCAGAGGGCAGAGCCGAGCUAGGGAGGCAGAACUCCAGGGACAGAGCUGAGCCGGGAAGGUACCACCCAGGGGACAGAGCUGAGCCAAGAAAGCAGAUCCUAGAGGACAGGGUCAAGCCAGGAAGGCGGAGCAAGCCCCGGCAGAGGAGGCUAGGCAAGGGGUCGGAAAGGGGCAGGGGCCGGGAAUCCCUGGGGCAGGAAGAGGCAGCGGCUGACCCAGGGCUGGGCGGAGUCCUGGGGCAGGUGGUGGCAGAGCGGCUGUUCCCCCCAGGGUCCCCCAGGGCUUCAGCCCCUGGAACCGCGGCCCCCUCACCCAAGACCCCGUCCCCCAAGGAGCUGCUGGAGGCAGCCGCUCAACUCUUGGACUCUGCGAAUGACUCAGACGGCAGUGAGUUUCAGGAGGAUGAAUUGCUGCAGGUGCUGCGGACCCGGCGGGGUCAGCUGAGGCAGCGUCUGAGACAGGUUGAGGAGCUCCUGUCCCUUUUUCAGGCCGAGGAGCCCGGCCGGCCCCCCCCGAGAGACGACCCCCCGACCCCGUUCCAGCAGCACUGGCAGAGGAAGGGGCGACAGGGCCCACAGCGCAAACGGAACCCACUGAGAAAUAAACUAUGUUUUCGAUGAUCGGUGUCAGGGCGCUGCUUUGGAGGGGU